UGUAUGGAAUCACCAUAGCCCCACAUCGGGGAGAAACGGAGCAACAUGGCCAGACUAGCAUUGUUCAGCGUCCUUGCCGUCACAUUGGCUGUAUUACUGUGUGGCGUUACGGCGGAUUCUUCCGACGUGGACGAAGACCGCUAUGCUUCCGAAGAUGAUCCUUCCGAACGCGCCGCCUCCGCCUCCGCUCACGCUUCAGCCCAAGGAAUAGGACAAAGUCUAGGGGGAGGGAACAUAUACCAUCGCUAUCCACCAAGGCCCGUAGUAAACCCGCUCCCUCAGAAGAUGGUGCGAUGCGUCACGUGCUCGGGCUGCCCACAGGCUAAGAAUGUGACCACUUCGAAAUUGUGUCCGUAUUCGCAAGACCCGUUGAAGAAUGGGAAAUGCGUUGUGUUUUCUGAGAAGUACUACCAUAUGAAGGAGCCAUUCGUCGUGCGUGGCUGCAUGGCUGAGCGGGGCUCCUGCUCCGAAAUAAGAGCCGCCGUGGAGCCCCAGAAGGAGCUGGUUAACCUGCUAAGUUGUCGCGAGUGUGACGGCGACCUAUGCAACGGAGCAGGACACUUCACCCCGAACCUGGUGACGGCGCUCGUGGCUAUGUUUGUAACACCUCUGCUCAUGAAAUAUACCCUCUCUUAGGACAAUAAAGAUAUGAGACUAAUGCACUGACAUGCUUGAUUUUACGACCGGCUAAUAAAAAAAAAAAACAAAAGAAACUUCUAUUGAAAAUAACUUGGUGACAUUAAAAAUGUUAAGGAAGGAUGUCAGUUCGUACGCGGCAUAAAAUGAUGAAUAGGGAAAAGUUGUUGUUUCUAAAUAUCAAGGCUCCCGUGGCUGCCUUAUCCUUCCCUCGAAGAACAAAUAUCAUCGUCUUAGUGACUACACGAUUUAUUUUUUAUUUUCAGUCAUACCGAAAUUAGUUUCCUGAAAUUACGUUACAAAAACCGCAAUUUACUUAGAUUGUAAAACUACCAUGUUCUUACCGUAUAAAUAUGACAAUUCGUAACAAUAAAUACCUACUAUGCCAAAUGACAUUAAUUAUUUACUGCAUGACUGGAAGAUGAAUUAGAGAACUAUAAAAUUAAGGAUAAAAUAAAGCUAAUUAACA